AUGGAAGCUUUGUACCAAAGGAUCAUUUCCGAUCAACGACUUAGGAAGUAUGGUCUGCCUCUUCUAGGGGUGGUGUGUGGCAUUCGCGCACUUGCUGCCGUCAAUGCGUGGUUGUCGCAAAGAUCAUUGAACCACUACACGCCCAACUCGACAUGGGAUUGGAAAAAAGAGACCGUGGUCAUUACAGGAGGCAAUUCCGGAAUCGGCGCCAAAAUCGUCGAAAAACUUGCUGCCAGAGGGGUCAAGGUGAUCAUUCUGGACAUAACCAAGGCAAAAGAACCAUUACCCGCUCCGAACGUGUUUGCAUAUCAGCUUGACAUCAGCGAUCAGGAUUCCGUCAUGGAGACCUGCAGUCGCAUCCGGAUCGAGCAUGGCCAUCCAACGGUCCUCAUCAACAAUGCUGCUCUUGCGCUCGACGCGACCAUUCUCGGAAUACCCAUGGACAACGUGCAGAAGACGUUUGCCGUCAAUGUCUUUUCUCACUUUCAACUGGCCAAAGAGUUCUUGCCUCACAUGAUCCAGAAGGACCACGGCCAUAUAGUCACGGUGGCGAGCCUUGCUGCGCAUGUCCCACGCACAGCCAACGUGACGUACGCCUCGUCCAAGGCGGCGGCGUUGGCCUUCCAUGAGGGCUUGGGCCAGGAGUUGGCAGUGUAUUAUGGUGCAAAGAGAGUGAGGACUACUGUCGUCCUGCCGUCGUUCAUUCGCACGCCAAUGAUCCAACACCUUGUGGCCCACGGAUUGAAGGCGCCAAUGGUCGAGCCUGAUUUAGUAGCCGACGCGGUCGUGAGACAAUUGUAUUCUGGCAAUAGUGGGCACUUGGUUGUGCCAUCGUCUUAUUCCUUGGCCACGGGGAUACGGGGCUGGCCGCAUUGGCUUCACCAGAAGAUCUUGAUGGGAGUAUCGGAGAGUAGUAAAGACGCAACUGUCUCCGCCAUGAACGCCGCCGGAGAGAAGACAGGAGCAGUCUGA